AUGACACCGGAAGUUAGGCGAAAUGUCGGCCAGAUGAUUAGGGCAACCUUUCUGUCAGCGUUAGUUUAUAGUGCCACAGCCGGACUAUUAACGGGCAACAAAGAUUCUUAUGUAAACUCUGCGCUAAGUGCACCAUCAGCAUCAUACGGUCCUCCUUCAUCAUCAUAUGGACCACCUGGUCCAUCUUUGUCAGGACCUGGGCCUAUAGAUCUAAGUGGCCCUUCUGCAAGUGAUGGUAAUUUUGGGGGUGGUCUUAUUAAUAGCGGAUCAUCUUUCAGUGGAAGUUCAGGGUCAGAUUUCGGAGAUGCAAAUUUUGCUGGCGGAGAUAUAGGUGGGGCAUCUCUUGGUAGUGUAGGCCUUGGUGAUGCAGGUCUUGGUGGUGCUGGACUCGGUGGCACUGGAUUCGGAGAUGCGGGACUAGGUGGUACCGGAAUAAGUAGCGAUGGAUUUGGCGGCGCUGGAAUCAGUGAUGCUGGGCUCGGUGGACCUGGAUUCGGUGGCCCUGGACUGGGUGGUGCUGGAAUCAGUGGUGGCAUUGUGGGCGGACCUUCGUUCGGUCCUAAUGGUGCAUCACUUACAUUAACUGGACCCCCUAGAGUAAUUGGAACAACAGUCUCUGUUGGUCGGCCCAUUGCUCAAAAUUCGAGAUACGAGCUUCAAUCUGUAGUCCAGAAUGUGGUUCGCCGUAUACCUAUCGAAGUAACACGCCAUGUUCAAGUUGCUGUGCCUCAAGCAGUACCAGUGCCUGUUCGCCAAGAAGUCAAAGUACCAGUACCACAACCUUAUCCCGUUCACGUAGACGUUGUGAAGCAGGUGCCAUACCCCGUAUACAAAACCAAGCACGUUGAAGUAGAAAGACCUGUUCCAGUGGAAGUUGUGAAGCACGUGCCUUUCGAGGUUAUUAAGAAGGUACAUGUCCCUGUAGAUAGGCCCGUAGAAGUGAUUAAAAAAGUUCAUGUACCAGUAGAGAAGACCGUCGAGGUUCCCGUCGCAGUAUGGAAGCCUUACCCUAUUCAUAUCAUCAAACACAUAUUAUUGGUCGCUUUACUAGUUGCACUGGUAGAAAUUCAAGCAAAAGAAUUGAAGGAGGGGCCGGAAGCAGUUUCGGAAUCGUCGAACUCUUCCUCAUCAACACCAGCACAAAAGACACAAAAACGAUAUGUAACAAAAGAAAUUAUUUUAUAUCUUACGCCUAGCCAAAUAGAGGCUUUAAAAUCCGGCAAGGGCUUAGUGAGCCCUAAGUCUGUACCACAAUUGACUGAACAACAACAUCCCAAGAAACAGUUGACGUUUGAAGAACACGAAGAUCUUAUUCGUCAACAGUUUGAAAAUAUAAAGGUAGCCAGAAUAGCUUCAAAUGAAAAACGGAAACCUGAAAAUGUGUUGUCAGAAAGUCCUAUUUAUGAAAAAAGUCAAGAAGAAGAACAAGUUUUUAACAGGAACCAUCAGAAAAAUUUAGAUUAUGUUAAUAUUUGGAGUCAAAACCAACCAAAGAUAAGAGAGCAACAAAAUUUCCAAUACGUAUAUCCUAAAUUCAAGGAUACUAAGGUAAGAGAAGAAUUAAAUAAUCAAGAAAAAACGGAAAGACCAAUCAUUUCAUGGUUGCCAUAUAGCUCUGUUUCGGAUAAGAAAGCAUUAGAAGAACAGUGGAAGCCAGUGUUAGACCAAAACAGAAUUCAAUUAAAGGCGUUGGCAUCUUUAUCUCCAAAAGAGAAUUCUGAAAUUCAAUUCUCCCAAAUUCAGACAGAAAAACCUUUAUUACAGUUGCAAUAUGCUCCAAGAUACAAUGAUCAAAAACACGCUAUUGAAAUCGAAAAAAUUAUUAGGCAACGUCAUCGUUCAGAAUUAGAAAAACAAAGUGCACUCGCACAAGCAGAAGCAAUAGCAAAUUCACCACCAAUAUUGGUUCAUCAUGAGGUUAAAAUUACUAAGCAUAACCCAGUCCCUGUUGUGAAGCAAAUUAAGGUAGAAGUACCAACGCCUGUAUUAGUUCCUAUUCCUGAACCUUAUGAAGUUAAAGUUCCGCACCCUUACCCUGUACCUUUUGAGAUCAUCAAGCACAUUCCCGUGCCUGUUAUACAAAGAGAAAAGACAGAUGUUGAAAAACCUUUUGAAGUAGAAAGACUUCUACCAUUACAAAUUACCAAGGAAGUCCUUGUUAAUGCAAAUAGGCCAUAUUUUUUUCAUAAAAUACCUGUGGAACUGAACAAAGAUGUGUCUCUGGAGAUACCAGGACGCAAAGCAGACAAAGUAUCGAUUCUCCAAUAUGGUUGGAAUCAA